GCGCAUGCGCAGUACAUAACUCCACAGGACGAAGAGAUUACGGUUGAGGGCAGUUUUUACUUGGAUUACACCGAGUACUUCACAUCUGAUUCCGGUCAUUCGCUGGUUGUAUCGGUGUAGUAAAACGUGUGGGCAUAAGGACAAUGGCUCAUCAUAGCUAACACCAGGUAACAUUAGCUGUGCUGGACUGCUCGAACAGUGUGAAAUAGGAAGGAAGUGAUAGUGCUGUUAUAGCUGUGUUCAUUAGCGAGCUAGCAGGCGGCGGUGUACUGGAGUAAUCUAUUUGAGGCUCACUCGAUACUGGUGUGAUGAGAGGAUAUCGAAAAGUCAGCUAUAGUGUGUUGUGAAGGGACAUUUUGAAUGAACGGAUAUGUUUUGGCUGUUCUUCCUGACACCAGAGAUUUGGGUGUUUCUGGGAUGGGCUCCGGAUCCACUGCAACCUUGACCAGGAUAAAGUAUUUAUGGAAAAUGAAUGAAUAAAUCCCAGAAACACAGAGUAAAAGAACAGCAGUGGUGCUUCCCUGGCUGUGAGGGUUCCUGAUGUUUGAGCUGGAGCAUGACCGUGUAGCAGCAUGGAGGAAAGAACUCUUGAUUAAUGUGCCCAAAGAGACUGAUUUAAGUCAGACUGACCACAGUUUAGAUUUAUAAUUAUAGAUGCUUAAAAACUUGACCUGUACUGACUUCUCAGUUUUACAUAGCUGGCCAGAGAGAUAUUUUUGAUGCAAGACAGAAGCUUGUUUAGCUUUUAGCCAAGCCAAUUUGAAUGCUGGAAUAAUCUCAAAUCCCUUCUGGGGAUGGCUAAGUGAAUGCCCAAGUCUGAGCCAAGGAGAUUAAGAUCAUAUUAGACUUUUUUUAGUGAAGGAAAGAGAAACACCUGUUUGACUCAGCUGCCAAAUCCGGACCACUCUGCUUUCAUUGAUUUUGACGUUUCUUUUGUGCAUAAGACAGUGUCUGUCUCUUUCCUCCCUCCCUUCCACUGUAUGUGAAAAGAGUCAGUCAUUGCUAUCGUCUUUAGUGUAGGGCUGCAUUUAGCAUUUAUUUCCUUAUUCUGUGGUCUUGGAAGGGGUCUUGAAUAUAUUCAUCACAGUCAACAUUACCCUUUAAAAAAAAAAGGUCAAGCUAAAGAAAGAAGGAAUGUGACGAGCCAAGUUUUUCCCCGCGACUCAGCUGUCCUUUCUGAACUGCUUUGUGGAAACCUCCUUUCACUGUGAUAACUUUGUCUGCACGGCCCACUCAGAGAUAGACAAUCUUGAGAUUAUGAAGGAUUGAUCUUAGCCCUUUGAGUCGAAAGGAUUUCACAAGCAUACGUGUGUGCUCACCGUGCAGCAACACUAGGCUCCCUGUUUGGGCCUUGUGCUGUUCUUUUUUCCCCUCUCAGUUCCUGUGGGAUUAAAUUAUUGAGGACUAGGGCUACAGCCUUAGCAGUGGUUCGUUUGAAUUUGACUUGGUGCUUGCCCAUUGUUGUUGACCACCAUCCUGACCUCUGCUCUUGAGACUGGAGCUCUAUGGAUAUGCAGAGGGAUAGACAUGAAGUCUUGUUGACAAAGCCUGACCUUCUGGGGCACGCUGCGCAUUAAAAGAUUUCAGACUCCCCCCCCCCCCCCCCAUCCAAGUUGUGCAUAGGUAAAGUUUUUAUCUUCACGUCUGCCAUUGCUGCAGCACUGUUUGGCUAAAAGGACAGGAUGAAACUGAAAAAGCAGGUGACUGUGUGUGGCGGGGCCAUCUUCUGUGUGGCUGUCUUCUCACUUUAUCUGAUGUUGGAUCGUGUCCAACAUGACCCAGCCAGGAGACAGAAUGGGGGAAAUUUCCCAAGGAGCCAGAUUUCGGUGUUGCAGAACCGCAUUGAGCAGCUGGAGCAGCUUCUAGAGGAGAACCACCAGAUCAUCAGCCACAUUAAAGACUCUGUGCUGGAGCUUACGGACACAGGCGCCAUCUCACCCAGUGGCCAACUUCCAUUUCGCAGUGCCAACGGUUCUUGGGUGCUGCCUUUCGACGGCAGGCCUACCUUCCUCACCAUAAAACCCCAAGACUGUCAGUUUGCACUGGGCCGCCAUGGCCAGAGCGACCUGCAGAUGCUGGAUGUGUACUCUCUGCUGAGCUUUGAUAAUGUGGAUGGAGGUGUGUGGAAGCAGGGCUUUGAUAUCACGUAUGAGCCCAGUGAGUGGAACAAUGAACCCCUGCAAGUGUUUGUAGUGCCCCACACUCACAAUGACCCAGGUUGGAUCAAAACCUUUGACAAAUAUUAUAAUGAUCAGACACAACAUAUUUUGAACAACAUGGUGGUCAAGCUUGCAGAGGACCCACGCAGGAAAUUCAUCUGGUCUGAGAUAUCCUUCUUUGUUAAGUGGUGGGAGAGUGUAGGUGCUGACAAACAUGAGGCAAUCCGCAAAUUGAUCCUGGGAGGGCAGCUGGAGAUUGUGACAGGAGGAUGGGUAAUGACAGAUGAAGCAAACAGUCACUAUUUUGCCAUGAUCGACCAGCUUAUUGAAGGGCAUCAAUGGCUGGAAAAAAACUUGGGUGUGACUCCUCACUCAGGGUGGGCUAUUGACCCUUUUGGCCACAGUGCCACAAUGCCUUACUUACUGAAGAAAGCCAACCUGACCAGCAUGCUAAUUCAGAGGGUCCAUUACUCUGUUAAGAAGCAUUUUGCCUCCACACAGAACCUGGAGUUCAUGUGGAGACAGGCUUGGGAUCGUGAGUCAGGCACAGACCUCUUCUGCCACAUGAUGCCCUUCUACAGCUAUGAUGUGCCUCACACAUGUGGGCCUGACCCAAAGGUCUGCUGCCAAUUUGACUUUAAGAGGCUGCCAGGUAGCAGAAUCAACUGCCCCUGGAAGGUGCCUCCACGGGCCAUUUCUGAGGCUAAUGUGGCUGAGAGGGUUCAAGCCCUUUUGGACCAGUAUCGCAAGAAGUCUAAGCUUUUCCGUAGCAAAGUUCUGCUGGUACCAUUAGGAGAUGAUUUCCGCUAUGAUAAAGCCCAAGAGUGGGACCAACAAUAUAUCAACUACCAGAAACUUUUUGAUUACAUGAACUCUCACCCAGAAUUGCAUGUUAAGGCCCAGUUUGGCACACUAACGGACUACUUCAAUGCUGUAUAUAAGGCUAAUGGGGUGGGCCAGGGGAUGAGACCGCCUGGUUACCCUGUACUGAGUGGAGAUUUCUUUGCUUAUGCUGACCGAGAGGAUCAUUACUGGAGUGGCUACUACACCUCUAGACCAUUCUACAAAAACCUAGACCGUGUGCUUGAGUCCCACCUUAGGGGGGCAGAGAUUCUCUACAGUUUGGCUGUUGCACAUGCACGCCAUGCAGGGAUGGAAGGGCGCUACCCCACCUCGGACUACUCCCUUUUGACAGACGCCAGGCGCAACAUUGCUCUCUUCCAGCAUCAUGAUGCCAUCACUGGCACUGCCAAGGAGGCUGUUGUCAUUGACUAUGGCACAAGGUUAUUGCGCUCACUUGUUGGCUUGAAAAGAGUGAUCAUUAAUGCAGCACACUUCCUCAUAAUGAAAAAUAAAGAUGUGUAUCGCUUCUACCAGACUGAGCCCUUCCUGGAAACGGAUGACAGGCGUGCCACACAGGACUCUUUACCCCAGCGCACUCUGAUUGAACUGGACUCUUCUCCCAGGUACCUGGUACUGUUUAACCCUGUGGAGCAGGAGCGUCUGUGUGUGGUCACUGUACUGGUUAACUCGGCACGGGUCAGAGUUCUCACUGAGGAUGGCCAGACCCUACCAGUGCAGCUCAGUGCACAAUGGAGCUCAGCUGUGCAGAUGGAUGGAGAAGUCUACCAGGCUUCCUUCAUGACACGCCUCCCUGCUUUGGGAUUGGCUGUGUUCCAUCUGUACGACUCGAUUGACUCCCCCAUGACUCUGCGCUCUGAUACACUGCUGAGGGUUUCGGGGAGGAGUCAGACCGUGCAUGGUUUGGAUCCCCUUCCUGUGCGCUCUCAGGUGGCUGACUCGCAGCCCUUCUACAUACAGACCCAGUCUCUCACGCUGGGCUUCUCUGGCACCACAGGCCUGUUGGAGAGUAUCCGCCGUAAGGAUGACCCUCAGGAGGUGAGGGUGCAAAUCCAAUUCCUCACCUAUGGAACUCGGGCUUCGAAGGACAAGAGCGGAGCGUACCUCUUCUUACCAGAUGGCAUUGCCAUGCCGUACGUGCAGAUAGAGCCUCCAACUGUGCGUGUUGUGGAGGGUCCUCUCUUUUCUGAGGUGGUCGCAUACUACCAGCACUUCCAGCAAACGGUCUGCAUACACAACGUGCCAGGUAUAGAUGGUCUGUCUCUGGACAUCACCACCUUGGUGGACAUCAGGGACCAGAGUAAUAAAGAGCUGGCCAUGCGUUUGGUCACGGACAUCCAGAGUGAGGACACAUUCUACACAGACCUCAAUGGUUUCCAGAUCCAGCCACGCAGGUACUUCCAGAAAAUACCACUGCAGGCCAAUUUCUACCCCAUGCCCACCAUGGCCUACAUCCAGGACAGCCAGUACCGUCUGACCCUGCACACGGCCCAGGCCCUGGGAGUCAGCAGCCUCGCCAGUGGUCAGUUGGAGGUUAUUCUGGACCGUAGAUUGAUGCAGGAUGAUAACAGGGGUCUAGGACAAGGUCUGAAGGAUAACAAGAGGACAGCGAACCGAUUCCGGCUCCUGUUAGAGAGGAGAUCCAGCAGCAGCAGGGCUGUUGACAGUGGACCAGUCAGCUUCCCCUCUUUGCUGAGUCACCUGACCUCUGCCAUCUUGAACCAUGAGGUGCUGGCACUGCCAGUUGUUCCAAAGAAACGUGGCGUGCCCCCUCUCCGCACCUUUUCCCCACUGGCCACAUCACUGCCCUGUGACUUUCAUCUGCUGAACCUCAGGAGCAUCCAGAACCAGGACGCUAGCUCUCCCUCCCCACACACAGCUCUACUGCUGCAUCGGCUGGGUCUAGACUGUAGCCUCGAGCUCCAAAACCCUGGAUUCAACUGCACCACCACACAGGGCAAGCUGGCCGUGUCGGGGCUGUUCCGAGGUCUGGACCUGCAGUUGUUGCAGCCCAUGUCGCUGACGCUGAUGUUCUCAGAGCCUCCGCUCUCCAACAACUCUGUUAUCAGCUUGGAGCCCAUGGAGCUUUCUGCCUAUAAGCUCAAACUGCACUAGGCUUUGUGACACCAGUGCAGCCUGGACACAGCAGAUAGUGCAGAGAGACAACACCAUGCCCACAGUGUGUGUGUGUCUCUCUCUCUCUGUCCUUCUCUGUCCUUCUCUGUCCUCCCCCCCCCCCCCCCCCCCCCUCUGACUCUGGGAUGAGGAUCAUGAACACACUAUAUACCAACAUGGAUGCUGAUGUCCCUCUAAAAUACUUUUAUAAAGGGAGAUUCCAGCACUAGUUACACUUCCUGUAGCUGUCACAGAACUGAGCGACUGGACAAUAUGAAGAUGUUUGAAAUAAUUUUUUUUCUUCUUCUAAAUUUGCUUAAAUUUGAAUCAACAGAAUGACUAGUGAUUGUAUGCUUUUUAUUAGACAUGGAUGCUUGAUGAUCAUACUUUGGGACUCUUAUACAUUAUUUUUUGUCGUCCUUGCUGGAACCACUUACAUCUUUCUGUCUUCUUUUCCCCUUUUAUCGAUCUUGCUAUCUUGCGGAACUUCUCGGGAAAUGUAGCCUGUUGUACGUAAUUGUCUUUGGCUCUUCAUGAACUAGUGGGACCGAGUGCAAUAUGUGAAGCUUCUCUAGGGGUAGUGGGUUUUUUUUUUUUUUUUGAUUGUCCAUUCUGCAGAAGCUGUGCUUUAAACUUUGUCGCUGACCCCUGCUUUGUAACUUUUUGAUUGUGCUGCCUGCUCUAGCCGCAUGUUUCUGUGAAUGUCUGCUUGCUCGUUCUGGCAGCUUUACACAACAGCUUUCUCUCCCUCAUCAGCGGCCUGAUUUGAGUUCUCCCUCUUCCAAUCUUGUCAUGAGUGUUGCGAUUGAUGACACAAACUUCUGUUGUUUAAGAUUUUUUUUUUAUCCUGAAAAUGCUGCUCCCUCCAAAUUCCCUUGCUGUUAUGUACCAUUUAUUUCCCUCUGGACUCAAAGUGUUGAUGUCUGCUAAGGAUGGUGUAAUGUACUAUAAAAUAUGCAGUAUGCAAUACCUCUUAUAUUUUACAUAUGGACAUUGAGAUGUGCAAUAUAUUACUGUGAUGACUGAUAUGAUUGAUUGCGUGUGGCACAGUGGCUAGGUGGCACAGUGAUAUUAAGAGAUUAUGGCACUGUUUUCCAUCCUGCAUGUACGGGAGUGAGCCAAGGAUGUUCAUGCCUGAUUUUAGAUCAGUAUUUUAACUGAUCUAAGCAUAGCCUAAGGCCUUUAAUCCGUAUCGCUGUGUGUAUGGAGAUCAGUCAUUUAAGCAGUAAUAGCACUGUGCUGAGCAAAAGCCUGGGCACAUUAAUGUAUUGUAAAGUUCCAUUCCAGUGGUGUUUGUUCAUAGUGUCUUUCUUGUCCUAAUACGGUCAUCCACUUGACUCUGUAAUAUUUUCUCAUUCAGUGCGAAUGUAUCACAACUGCCAGGAAGAAUGUGUCUGUAAAAGCCAUUUUAGUUCUUACUUAUCAUCUUGUCACUACUGUGUUCCCUGAAAUGGCUCGUCCUCAUAGAGACUCGCACCUAUGAUUUACUGUGAGAAAUUAAUGCUCUGAAAGGAACGGUGCUGGUGGAGAAAGGUUAAUAGCACUCAUGAAACCUCUGAGCGUCAGUUGUCACUGUUUCCUUUAUCUACACUCAUAUAUAUAUAUAUAUAUAUAUAUAUAUAUAUAUAUAUAUAUAUAAAAAAACAUAAACAUAUGGCUUCUGACCCGGUCAGCUAGUCUAAAAGAACAGAACUAAGGAGAGGCUGGUGAUAUUCUUGAACAGAAUUGUGUCAAUUCCUGGAGAGCAUUGGCUCUAUUCUAUAUUCUUAGAUCAACAUCCUAUUGAGAAAUUGACUAUAACAAAAGCCCAUUAAAAAAAAACAACUAUAUAUAAUACAUUUCCCACAAAUAUUGCUGUCCUGGACCAGGGGUAUCAUCUUGGAGCUCAUUUGAAAUUGCAUUUCUAUUGAGGGUUUAUAUAUAAAAUUUUCAUUUACUACUCAUGUCACUGCCACGCUGCACCUCUAUACCUCCUUGUCUACUUGCCCUACACAGUAAGUUCUUACUUUUGGACAAUUGUGUCCAAUUACUUCUCAUUUAUGUUGUAUGAUGUGAACAAAAGAUGGGGUUUUUUUUGUGUCUUGUUUUGUUAAAAGAGAAAUAUUUUAUUUCUCCUUUUGUGUCCAAUCCUUCCUGGAAGGAUGUUAAUGUGAAAUGAAGAAAUGCAAAAAAGAAAAAAGAAAAGAAAAUGCAAAGUAAUCAAAGUUGUUAUUUAAUAAACACCGGCCAUGGCAUUAUUAUGUAA